AUGACCCAAUUGGUUGUUCACUGGUUCGCGUGCAAUCACUUCUACCCUGAAUGGAGGAACACCCCCAUACCUCCUUGGGCAUCUCCUGGGACUAUCCUCCGCCCUACAGCUGCAUUACACGGCUACGACUGCUCUGUCUGCCUUGAUCCACCAAGCAAGAUCCAAGAGGCACGAAAGUCUGUUCUGAUGACCGCCACUGCCCUCUCAAAGAUCAUCGAUAUCCCCGUGAACGAUGGCGGAUUCAUGCACGGGGUUAUUCGAUUUUAUGCCCGAGGCGACCAUUUAAGAUGGCUACAGCCGCCUACCCCUGAUGCUCAGCUUUUAGCACCAGACCCAUAUUUGCAUGCAUUGAUGAUGGAAUCGUGGAGGAACACAUUGGGCGAGUUGUACUUCUGGACUAGGCCUGGUUAUCUCUUCGAUGUUGCUCUGGCUGAGGUGAAGCGGUCGGAGCCAGACAACUACGAGCUCCUCAAUUGGUCUGGGACGAACUAUAUGCCAAUUUGUCCGUACUAUUACGUGUCAAUGUCACCGAUGGCGCAGCCCGUUGUCAGGCCAGUGCAGGGUUCUUAUGAUUCGGCACAGAGAUCUUCCCUGGGAUCACAGACUUCGUCCAAUCUAGUACAGACACCUAUGAGGAAAACAGAGUCUAGUGUUGGUUCGACACAGUCUUCUUUCGAUACAGCCCGGACUGCUUCUUCAGAUCAGAGCCUCUCUUCCCGCGUGAGCCAGAGUCCCUGCCAUGAGGAUAUCAUACAGCAGGUAGGUACCCAGAACAAUACCACUACGGCUAUGCAGAACGUCCAGACCUCCCAGGUGUCUCUGCCCUUUGUGAGAAUGGACCCCUCCGUGGCCCUAGAUGAUCCUUUCGUUAUCGAGCCUAUUCCGGGGGAGGGUAGCUGGUCAAGGCAAGACGACCAUAUCGCCGACCUGAAGCGCCAACUCAGACUACCCGGGCCAAUGGUGAGGAAUGUAUCACCAGACCUUGGUUCCCCGACACCUUCAACUCCUGAAAGGAUAUCUGCGCGAGAAAUUAAUCGAAGGAGAGAUUCGGAGAAGUCCUACAAACCCACUUCACUCGCCAAUGGUACUUCUGCAUCUUGCGAUGAUGGUGAGACUUGGUCCAUGGAAGACGCAUCGGAAUCGUCUUUCAAGGACGCAGUUAACGCUCGUUCCAAGUCUGCAUCUUCCUCCGCUGGCAGCCCCGUAGUGGCUUCGAAGAACGAUAACAAUCAAAGAUCGCCUGUGUGCAACACUAGUGAUACUCCACCUAUCACAUGCACGACCGUCAAUCCCUCCUUGCUCAUGCUUGAGAAUGGCCUCAAGACGUAUCCGUCUAUUGAACCCUCGUAUGAUGUUGCUGCAAUCAGACCUCGAUCACUCUCGCCCGCAGAAAAUCCCGAACAUGAGCUCCAAGUCGGCUCCCCAGGUGGUAAGAAUGCGGAAGAUGCAGACUCGCUAGCUUUCAAUAUUGAAACGGAGAACGGCUAUAAUACGGAUCUAUUUUCAGCUACUUUGGAUCAGUAUACUGUAGAGGAGCUGGCCGCGCGGCAACUCACUAAGACUCCAGAAUUAGAAGAAAGCAACCCGAAUCAAUAUGGAUUUGGGUUUGGAUUUGAACACAAUUUAUUCGAUGGAUUCAACUUUUUGCUGCCCGAAGAACAAUCUGAAAUACCUUUGGAGGCGAAUAUGAUGAUCUGA